AUGGCAGAUAUUGUACAACACGUCGAGGCGUCGCACUUGAUGCCACACAAUUACUAUCCGCCUUCCGUCUCCCUGCCUCACUAUGUGAGCAAUGAAAGCUCAGUGAUUUCACUUAUUGCUCAGUUUGGCGUUUUAUGCGCAGCUGUCAUAGGGAUUGCCUUUGUGGCCAUAUGUCGCAUGCGACCAUCGGCGACUUUAUCAGACCAGGUUGCUUUUGUUUGGAUGUGCCUGACUGGAUUUGUCCAUCUUUUCUUUGAAGCACAUUUCGUUAUCCACCAUAAAGAAAUUGCGGGCUCUCAGGCGUUAUUCAGCCAGCUUUGGAAAGAGUAUUCGCUAUCUGAUUCUCGUUACUUGACUUCUGACACAUUUCUCGUUUGCAUGGAAGCAGUUACCGCAUUUGCGUGGGGCCCCUUGGCUUUCUUUAUCGCCUACUGCAUUGUUGUAAAUCAUCCCGCCCGAUAUGGCCUGCAAAUUGUCUUGUCGCUUGGCCAAGUUUAUGGCGAUAUUCUCUAUUAUGCCACAAGUUUGCUUGACAUAUCAUACUGCCGACCAGAGGGAUACUACUUCUGGUUCUAUUAUUUCUUUUUCAACUUCAUCUGGAUGGUGAUUGGCUGUUACUACACAACACAAGGCAUAGUCAAGGUUUCGGAGGCUUUCAAGAAGAUUGAAGAAAUUGAUGUUGAUCGCAAGGUGCGAUAG